AUGGGCGGUUGGGGAUGCAUCGUUAAGAAAAAGACUUUGCCGCUGGCAAUCAGCUGCGACCUCACAUCAUUUCGUGUUGCUGAGCUAAUCCUGCAGGAGGACAAGGCGAUAUCACUAGAGAUAACCGAAGUUUACAACCAAAUGUGGUAUGCGGACAAUGAAGAGAUGAAGCAGUUCUAUAAAGGAUUGGAAAGCUUAAUGCAGAAGACGCCCUGCUACAGAGGAGUUUCAUCGGUUCAUGGUUUGGAAGUGGAGAACGAAACGUUGGUCUAA